AAGGAAGGACGGUUGGGUAAGACGAGUGCGGGGGCGGCAGGGCGAAAUGGGCGAUACGCCCAAAGCCAGAAUGUUUAUUCUAAUCUUUCGCCACCUGGCCCAUUGAAACUUGGAAGGAAAAGGGAGAGAGCAAUGGAGAUUUCGAUGAGACCCCGUUCCGUCGCCUCAUCGCGCUCUGAUCGACGGAUUCUUCUUCCGUUUCAGAUCAAAGAGAGUCUGCCCACCUCCAGAUUUCUCGCUUUUCCUGCCGAUUCUCCGUUUUCUCGAUGCAAUUCGUCACGGAUUCAGAUUAAAUUAAGUUCCAUAAAUGACUUGCAAAGAUGCAGAAGCAAACUUGAAUCUUUAUUCUGUUAUGACAAGUCCAUUCCAGAGGAAGCCAUUGAGGAACCGGUUGGUGUCACUUUGAGUAAAAAGGAAAUAGGCGACAACCCACCUUGCAUGGAUUGUCAAGCUAAAGGUGCUGUCCUCUGUGCUACUUGCUCAGGUUCGGGUUUGUAUAUUGACUCGAUACUGGAGAGCCAGGGAAUCAUUGUGAAAGUUAGGUGCCUAGGUUGUGGAGGCACUGGAAACAUCAUGUGUUCAAGAUGUGGAGGGCGAGGUCAUAGCAGAAUGGACUAAAUCUGCAAUGACUUUUGCUAAAGCAUUGAAAGUGAAAGUUUUAAUGGUCACGAGCAUGUGGUGCAUGCAGUGCAUAGGAGGGAUUGGGGGGUGGCGAGGAAGAUGAGAGACAAAAAUGUGGAGUUGAAGGGAUGGAAGGAAAAAGGAAAAGAAUGGAUGUUACUACAUUUCCCCAAGUAUCCAGACCUGAAAAUAAGCCGAGCUUUGUGUGAGCAGCUCGGGCUUGACUAGUUCAACUUCCAAAUGUGCUGAUCUCAAACUUUGAAUAUAGAUUGUGUAACAAUAAAGCCAAGCUUAGGGAGAUGGGACUUCAUUUGGUUAAGCUCGUGGAUAGAACCAGGUUAUAUAUAUUAUUUUAUUUGGGUAGUGUUUGGAUCACUUCAAGUUUUUAGCUU